AGUAGAGUUUCUGACACGAUCAUAUUCAGCGGUUUAUAAUUUAACAUUAACAGGCUCUCAGGGGUAAGAGAUCUUCAGUGGGGUCAGAAACCCUGCCGUCCAGCAUCUGGUCAGUUUCACAGACUUGGUCCACUCACGAUUCUCUCAUCACGUGUGUCCCUGUCUUAAUCACUGUUUUGAUGAGUCAGUAAGGAGCAGCAUGAGUUCAGCUUGAUCAUAGUCCAGAAGUCUGUCUUUGGCUCAUGUGCUGAGGUCAGCUGUGUGUGUUUCAGGGAUAACAGAGAUUACACACACACUGGAAAUGUGCUUCAUUAUGUGAUUGGGCCUCGUUGUUUCUCUACUGAUCAACAUCAUCGAUUCAGAUCAAAUGAGACGCGUUUCUGUAAAUAACCUCUUACAUGAUAAUUUGAUGUUGAAAAUAUCAAAUCAAAUUCUCUUUUAAUACAUUACAGUUAUAUUAGAACGCUAGUAGUUAUGGAUAUGUGGUUAUUAGAGUAGAAUAUGAUUCAAGAAGUACAGUGUAAUGUGGUCUGGUGUGUAUAUAUGUGUGUAUUCCGGCUGAUAAACGCGUGUCAGAGAAGGCUUUAGUCUCGGUGAUCUGUUCGCGAUUCGCGUUCGCUCUGUUUGGUCUCUCUCGAGCGCCGUAGCCGAUCCUCCGAGGCACGUGUGAUGUGGACUGUGUUCUGUGUUUACUCUCAAACUGACUAAAGUCCUGCUGAAGCUCUGACUCGACACAGGCCAGCCGGUGACAUGAGCAGGUAUUAUGUUGGUGUGGACGUGGGCACUGCCAGUGUGCGAGCGGCUCUGGUCAGGCAGGACGGUCAGAUCAAACACAUGGCAGAGGAGCCCAUUAACAUAUGGGAGCCGUGUGCAGACCAUUACGAGCAAUCAUCAGAGGAUAUCUGGAGCAGAUGCUGCAGCACUGUGAAGCGAGUGACUCAGGACAUCGAUGUGGAGUCUGUUCGAGGGAUCGGCUUUGAUGCCACCUGCUCAUUGGUGGUUCUGGACCGGCACUUCCUGCCUGUGGCUGUCAAUCAAACAGGUGUCCAGGAGAGGAAUGUGGUGAUGUGGAUGGACCACCGGGCGGCAGAUCAAGCCUCUCGGAUCACUGCCACCAAACACAGAGUGCUUCUGGGAGUCGGGGGCGUGAUGUCACCCGAAAUGCAGCCACCCAAAUUACUAUGGCUCAAAGAGAAUCUGAGGGACACCUGCUGGAGAGAAGCGGCACACUUCUUUGACCUUCCUGACUUUCUGUCCUGGAAAGCCACAGGCUCUUUGUGCAGGUCUUUAUGUACUCUGGUGUGUAAGUGGACGUAUUCUCCAUCUGACGGCUGGGACGACACGUUCUGGAGCGACAUCGGUCUGGAGGACCUGAUGGAGAACAGUUACUCCAAAAUCGGCCAGCAGACGUGUUGUCCAGGGACUCCGGUGGGACGAGGACUGACCGCAGAGGCGGCUGCAGAUCUGGGUCUGAUUCAGGGCACCGCUGUGGGCGCUUCUCUCAUAGACGCUCACGCAGGAGGCUUGGGGGUGAUGGGGGCAGACGUGACCGGGCAUCAGCUGCCCUGUGAGCAUCAUCCCGUCUCGUCUCGUAUGGCCCUCAUAUGCGGCACGUCUUCAUGUCACCUGGCUGUCAGCACACAGCCGCUGUUCGUCCCCGGGGUCUGGGGCCCGUAUCUGUCCGCCAUGCUGCCGGAGCUGUGGCUCAAUGAGGGAGGACAGAGCGCCACGGGACGCCUGGUGGAGCAUGUGGUGAGAGGACACGCGGCGUACAGGCAGCUGGAGGAGCGGGCGGAGCACAGCGGGACACACGUGUACUCGUACCUGAACGCUCACCUGGAGAGCAUGAGCGCAGACGCAGAGCAGCUGACGGCCCGUCUGCACGUCUGGCCUGAUUUCCAUGGCAACCGCUCUCCUCUGGCCGACCAGACGUCCCGCGGCACGGUAGUGGGUCUCACUUUAUCACAGACACUGGAUGAUCUGGCUCUGCUGUAUCUCGCCACGCUUCAGGCCAUCGCUCUCGGCACCAGACACAUCAUAGAUGCCAUGAGAGCGGCAGGACAUGACAUCACAACCCUCUUCCUGUGUGGAGGACUGAGCAAGAAUGCCCUGUUUGUGCAGACGCAUGCCAACACUACAGGUCUGCCGGUGGUUCUGCCAGCGGAGCGAGAGGCCGUGCUGCUGGGUGCCGCUGUGAUCGGAGCCUGCGCUUCAUCUGACUACAGCUCCAUACAGGAAGCAAUGAGGAGAAUGAGCAGAAUCGGGCGUGUUAUCAGACCAAACCCUGAACUCCAGAGCUUCUACAGGAGGAAGUACGCUGUGUUUCUGCGGCUUUAUGAUCAUCAGAAGGAGUGUGUGGAGCUGAUGGAGGCCGAAGCUGUUUGACGCGGAGAUGCUUUCUGAAGAGCAAGAUUAAACACUGAGAUCCUUGAAGACUGCUUCAGAUAAUAAACAACACCAGGUUUUCAUUCAUCCAGGAAAUGUUUUCACUGAACGCACAAAUACUGAUAGUACUUAAGGGUUCAGCCUUCUACAAACUCGAUUCCAAAAAAGUUGGGACACUGUACAAAUUGUGAGUAAAAAAGGAAUGGAAUAAUUUACAAAUCUCAUAAACUUAUAUUUUAUUCACAAUAGAAUAUAAAUAACAUAUCAAAUGUUGAAAGU